AUGCAUAGCUUUGCCCAUUCACACCAGGUGGAAAACCGCGCGUUACGCCUACGCGAAGUGGCCACCGCCAUGCAGCAAUACCAGGACGAGCCUCUGCCUUCGGCCGCAUCCGCACACAAUGGCGGUGGCAGUCAAAGCUAUGGUGGCGCAGCACAUGACAUCAAUCGGCUGCACCCGUUAGCCAAUGAAGCCGGCUACGAGGAGCCAGGCGGCGGCGGUGGCGGCGGUGGUAAUAUUAUAAUUAUUGGAACUGGACCCGCUUUUCAUCCGCGCAUCGGCGGGCUUGGCUUGAACGCGUAUGGCGCGGGUGCGGCAGCCGGUGUGGACGAGGACUCAUUACGCCUCAACGGCAAUAGCGUCUUUAGUAGCAGCAGUGGUGCAGGCGGUGUUGCCGCAGUGGCCAGUGCCACCGGCGUGCAUGGCUCAUUAACAGUACAUAAUGGCCGCAGUACCGGUGAUUGGGAGUACUUCGAUGAGGCGGGGUACAUACGUGGUGGCGCUUUACGCAAUGGCGAGGAUCCCUACAUACGAAAUCGCUUCAAUCAGGAAGCCAGCGAUGCGUUGCCUAGCAAUCGGGAUAUUCCAGAUACGCGCAAUCCAAUGUGUCGCACCAAAAAGUAUCGUGAGGAUUUGCCCGAGACAAGUGUCAUCAUAACAUUCCACAAUGAAGCGCGCUCAACGCUGCUCCGCACAAUAGUCAGUGUGCUGAAUCGCAGUCCCGAGCAUUUAAUACGCGAGAUUAUUCUAGUCGACGACUUUAGCGACCACCCCGAGGAUGGUCUGGAGCUGGCCAAAAUCGACAAGGUGCGCGUAUUGCGCAACAAAAAGCGUGAGGGUCUCGUGCGUUCGCGAGUACGUGGCGCCGAUGCGGCGGUCGCCGGUGUGCUCACCUUCCUCGACAGUCAUGUGGAGUGCAACGAAAAGUGGCUGGAACCGCUGUUGGAGCGCGUACGUGAGGAUCCGACACGUGUUGUUUGUCCGGUCAUCGAUGUCAUUAGCAUGGACAACUUCCAGUAUAUUGGCGCAUCGGCCGACUUGCGUGGCGGCUUCGAUUGGAAUUUAAUAUUCAAGUGGGAAUACUUGAGCUCGGCCGACCGUGCGACACGACAAAAUGACCCCACCACUGCCAUUCGUACGCCCAUGAUUGCGGGUGGGCUCUUCGUCAUCGACAAGGCGUACUUCAAUAAGCUUGGCAAGUACGACAUGAAAAUGGAUGUGUGGGGCGGUGAGAAUUUAGAGAUCUCGUUCCGUGUGUGGCAGUGUGGCGGCAGCCUUGAGAUAAUACCAUGCAGUCGUGUGGGCCACGUGUUCCGUAAGCGACAUCCGUAUACAUUCCCCGGCGGCAGUGGCAAUGUGUUUGCACGAAAUACAAGACGAGCGGCUGAAGUCUGGAUGGACGAUUACAAGCAGUACUACUAUGCUGCAGUGCCGUUGGCAAAGAAUAUCGCAUUUGGCAACAUCGACGACCGGCUGGCGCUGAAAGAGAAGUUGCACUGUAAACCUUUCAAAUGGUAUCUGGAGAAUGUCUAUCCCGAUUUACAAGUGCCGGAAUCAUUCGAAUUUGGCCAAUUCCAGCAAGGACCAAACGAUUGCUUGGACACUAUGGGCAACCUGGUCGACGGCACAGUGGGACUUUUCCAGUGCCACAAUACUGGCGGUAAUCAGGAGUGGGCCUACACCAAACAAGGCCAAAUCAAACACGAUGACCUCUGUCUGACGCUGGUGCAGUUCGCACGCGGCUCCGAAGUGGUGAUGAAGGAGUGCGACAGCUCCGAGAAUCAGCGCUGGACAUUGCGUGAAGGUGGCUUCCUGCGGCACAAUAAGCUCAACGUAUGUCUGGACUCACGUGAUCAGCAUGAGCAUGGCGUCACCGCUCAGCGCUGUAAUUCUGCGCUAGAGACACAACGUUGGAAAUUUGUGGCGAACGGGAAGUUUGCGUGAGAUGAGGCGCCGACGGCGGCAUGGGGGACGAUUACGAGAAUGACGGUGACGGAGACGGCAACAGCAACAUCGGAAAUGGAAACGGAUGUGGAUGUGGAUGGAAAUACGCAUGCGAAUGCGAAUGCGGCGACAAAGCACUAAACGAGGAUCUCACUCUUAACAUGACUACGUACACUACUACAACUACAACUGCAACUACAACUACAACUACCACUACUGCGGAAGAACUAUUGUACUCGUAGAGACCCAACAUUAAACGCUGCCACCAAUUGCAAAUACAGAUAGGACAUUGGCGCAAAGUGAUUGAGCGUAAUCGUGCAACACGCACACACACAAACACACACGUAAGAAAAAUAAGAGCAAGGACUGGUAAAAAGACAUAAAGGACAAUUGGCAAGUAACUAAAAAUCACGCACCACUCGAAUGCAGGCGAGCAGGGAAAGUGGUAAGCGAAGGAAUGACUUCUGAUGGUCAGUUAGCAGCAAAGUGGCCAAUGGAGGGUAAUACAAAAGGGUAUAAUUAAGGAUAAUCGAGUAAACAAGGACACUAGUGAUAUUAAAAAAUUAAUGAAUUGUUGGCGCCAAGAGCAUGAAAGCGAAGAAACUGAGCGUGGCAGCAGCGAAAGGGCAAUUGCAACAACAGCGUAUUGAUACACAUACACACAAACAUGCAUGUUCUAGUUAAAUUUACAUGAAUAGAAGUGUAAUUUUACGUGAAAUAUUAUACGACGACGGUGUGAAGACGACGUGGACGCCGGUCCGGUGGCAACUUGACUGCGCAACGUAGCUGACAGCUGGCAACUGACUUACUUAAUAGCGUUUGAAUUUACAAGGCGGGGACGCUGACGCUGCAUGCAACGCCGACGAUAAUAAACAGUGCUAAAUAAAAGAGAAGAGAAAGAAGAAGAAGAAGAAGAGGAAUAAUCUUAAAUUAUUGGGGUAUUUUGGGGUCGUUGAUGGGGGUAUUAAAUAUUUAGACUGAUUUAUUUUUUAUCAAACUGAAGAGAAGCAACCUUAAUUAAUUUGCACUGCGCACUUUUUGCAUUCCAAGCGGCAAGCAAUUAAUUCAUUUUCAAACGCAUUACAACUCUCCGGAUGAUUCUAGAUCGCAUUAACUAUUUACUUCCCCGCACACACACACGCAGAUUGACAGAUGUCACACACGUGUACAUGAAAACGACAGCACCAAUGGAUGGGGAGGGGAGUUCAAUCGCUUAAUGGGACUUUUUGGGCAAUUAAAAAGUGAGGAUUUUGGUUUUUGUAAUAGCAUCGCAUUUUCUAAGCGAAAGGAAAUAUUUUCUAGUAGCCACUUCAUAGAAAUAUAAAAUAAAAGGCACCUUUCGCAAACAAAAAAAA